CAUUUCUAGUGAAUUGUCAGGCAUGAUUCGCUGAACUCGGAUUGACUUGAUAAACUAGCAGGAAACUUUGCUUGGUGAUCGAUACUACGAGCAAGACCAUAACGGAAAGACGCCUAGAACCAAUAUGGGCAGCCUGGACUAUCAUCAUGUAUAUACCUGAAACACGCGUCCGCCAUGAGGAUGCACCGUGACCAUCAAUGCUUAACUCACCGCCGAAUUCACCUUUCACCACAACAUGAGUACUGGCUCAAGCGACCCCUCUGCAACACAAAACGUUGUCCGUGUGGUACAUGCGACACAUCCAGACCGGGACACUUUUUUCCAUGCUACAGCCGUUUCGAGCGAAUUCCUCAAAGCGAACCAGAAGUAUGUCGGCGUAAAAUGUACGCAGUGCCAAACGAUAUUGGACAAACCUUUGAAAUGCGCAAAGUGUAAGAGUGUCUGGUAUUGCUCGAAAGAGUGCCAAAAGAAAAAUGGGUCCAAGCACAAACCAACAUGCCAUGAAGAUGAACGCUCCUCUGGCCUACUCAAACUUGUACGAAUGAUCGUCACAAACCCAGUGAUUUUUGGGUACCUCAAACUCGGUGUCAUCUUUGUCUGUGGCCUGCUCGAUGAUCCCCAAAUCGGAUUCGACGCGCCGUUCUUGGCACGUGUUGAAAUUGCUAUUGAGCCUAGUGACUUUCUUGACUUUGCUGGAUUGUAUUUCAACGACAAGACUGCUGGCGAGAAGCUUCAAGGAAUGGUACAACUCAAUGCAAUUACUGCGUGGAACAACCACAGUAUGCAAACUCCACUUGCGCCAAAGCGACUCAGCACGUGGCAUGAAGCUCGAGCAAGGUGUAACGCAGAGGGUUUCGCCAAAGAUCCUGUUGGACUCAUAGAGUUUGCCGGAUGUAGUCCUGCACACGACAGAGGGAACUCAAUGACCGCUGAGUUGCACAUCCCCGCUAUCAUGCUUGCUAUCGCAAGGAGACGUGAACCCCUCGAAUACCUCUCUGCUAUUACGGGCGCUCUAGUCAAGCAACCCCUGAACGCUGUAGCAUGUCUAGAGCAUGUCAACUUGCAUAUUCGAGCUGAUAAGCAGAAUCAGUUGCGUUUACGGGCUGAGAUGACAGAACAAGACAAGGAAACUAUUCGCGCUGCAGGCCGCAAUGAGGACGCACUUCCCUCUCGUCUUCUCAAAGAGAAGAUGCGAAGAGAACACCUUUAUGCUAAUUUGGUGUAAAUGGAAAUACUGAUAUGAGUCAUCAGUAGGCAUUCUAUCCUCCGCCUGCGACUAGUGAUCUUUCAAGUUACCCUUGGACUAUGCUUCACAACAUUGACGGGGUGUGAGCGCUUGAGCCUGGAGCUUACCACGUGAUAAAGGCGUUCUGCUUACGCGCCUCGAAUUGGACGCCGCGCCUUGUUUACGUAUUAUUCGGUCUCCUGCCAACGCUAGCGCUCAUCGAUCAUCCCUGCGUCAUCCAUGUUCCUUCUAACCGUAUUGUCCAUCAUACGCUCUUCCACGCUACCGACUGUUU